AUGGAGGUCAACAGGAGCAACUUUUUCUGGAUGCUACCACCUAUUCUACACGAGGCACAGAAUGCUCGAUUUGUAGCGGUGGACGUUGAGAUGAGCGGUAUCGCACUUAUUCAUGGUCUUAACAGUAUCCAAGAUUCAUACGCCAAGAUCAAAGAGGCGGCAGAACAAUUUCAAGUACUACAAGUCGGACUCACCUUCGUUCGCUAUGAUGAGGAAUCAGCUAAAUAUACAACGAGAACAUUCAAUUUUUCUGUUUCUCCAUUGUUCCCUAAAUCUACAUUCUUUGACAAUCUCUCCAGGCGUCUCGAUAGAAAAUUUAGCGUCUCAGUGAGAGCGUACGAUUUUCUACAACAGUACGAUUUCAACUUCAACAAGGCGUUGGAUACUGGAGCUCAUUACCUCAAUAGAGAGGAACAGAGAGUCGCAAAACAGUUCUGUGUGUCGAAAGAUCCCAACAAUGAGCAUCUUGAUCCUUCAACGCUAGACUACGAGACUGAAGAAUUUUACAAGAGGACUAAGAAGCAAAUUGCAGACUUUGUUGCUGGAAGAUUUCGGCCGGUAUGA